CGCUCAGUUAGCUCGGUAUCGCAUUAUGCUACGGUCAGACCGCGUCGCACGGUGCCGCAGCCGUGCCGUGUCAGUGCCGCGUCGUCGUUGUCAUCGUCAUCGUCAUCCGUAUCGCUCCUCUUGCCGCGGUGCCACCCUCGAUUCGAUCCACCGGCGGGAAUUCCACGGGCACCCGCUGGCGUGCGGCUGGUGGGAAAAUGGGAAAGACCGCCAGCAAACUGAAGUCGCGACGUAGCCAGAGCAUAGCAUGGAGCUUUCGAUUCCCAUCUAUGGGUACUCUGCAGAACCUAGGUACCAACGGCCGACGGCGCAAACGGAAUGGCCUUGCCUCGUCGGACUCGUGUAAGGAUCUUCGGCAAAAGAGGCACACGAUACACCUGCAGUCGGAGGUGAUUAUUCAGAAGGAACCGUGUCUAAUCGUGACCCCGCCAUCGCCUGAGGAUCCUAUCGAGGACAAUUCGAGGACGCCGGAGGAAGAGGACAGCGACGCGAGGGUGGAUUGCCGCGUAUAUCCUCCGACGUGUCAACGGGAGUCACCCUCAACGAAGGUACUCGAGAAGAGCAACAAUCUCUCUCCACUAAUGGAACCGCCUGAAGAAUCCACUCGUAAGCUCUUGGAAAGAGAAUUGCGGCUUCUCGAUCCUCGAGAUCUACGAUCACACGCCUGGUACCAUGGCAGCACGUUGCGCGGCGGUCGGAAAGGUGCGGAGGCGGAAGUGCCGAACGACGGGGACUUUUUGGUGCGCGACUGCGCCUCCCAACCCGGCAACUAUGUCCUAACCGUACGAUGGAAGGGUCAACCGUUACAUUUCGUCAUUAAUCGAGUUGUGAUUCAACCCGACACGGUUUACGAAAGAGCGCAGUAUCAAUUUGAAGACGAAGCCUUCGACACGGUCGCUGAUCUGAUAACCUUUUACGUUGGCAGUGGUCGACCGAUUAGUCAGGCCAGCGGAGCCCGAAUUAUUACUCCGAAAACCAGAUCGGUCCCACUGACAUGCGUUGCAGGGCCUACAAGUAAUCAACAUUGCUCUAGUCCUAGCUCUUCUUCUCUAUCGACCGGUUCGCCACCUCGCUUACCGAGAAAACAACAACGCAGUCACUCUCUGACCGCUCAGCACCACGUUCCAGAUCAGCAUGUCGUUCGAGACAACAAUCAGCAAACAGGACCGCAGUUACCUAUCCAGUCUAGUACCCUACCACGAGUACCGCCGAUUCAGAACCAACCGCCCUCUUGUUCUUUGUCGUUGGGUCGCCAAAAGAUCACUCGGGUGAUAUCAGAUCCAGCCCUGCAGCAACAACAGCAACAACCCCAGAGUCUGAAUCUUCAAAACACCCUAAGUACGGCACCACCUAAACCACCCAGGAUACCCUAUGUGCCGAACCAUCAACAUCAUCAUCAUCACCAUCAUCAUCACCAUCAUCAUCAUCAUCAGAGCUAUCAGGCCUCCGGCAGCGAUAGCGGAAACGGAUCGGGGGAUAGCGAAUUUGAAACUAAUAAUUCUGGAGGUACCAGCAACCCCUCGUCUUCGGUACCAAUCAAGGGUGUGGUGAUACGUAGCCACUAUAACACUAGUAACGAUGGCAUCAAUGGUAACAACAGCAGCGAGUACGAAUUGUCGGCAGAAGAGCAGUUGGUGGUAGCCGCGCCGUCUCUAGAAAUCACCACGAUGCUCGACAUCGAGGGUUUUACGACAUUGCUGUUACCAGCUGGCGAACAUAGGCCUCUAGACCCUACAGCCUUGAGGGGAGUUUCGGGAAUGUUACUGGAUUCGGCACCGCGAGUGCUCGCCUCUCAUCUCACGAGGCUCGAUCUCGAAGUAGCACUUCAACCGGGAUCAGGAAGUAGAAGCGGACUGAGUGGCAUCGAACUAGCAACCCUUCCUCAUGGUAGACAAGCCAGGAUGGAUCUGAUCGAAAGGUCGGAAUGUCUAAAAUUAUUAGUAGCUGUCACCGUGCUGGCUGGUGCCACGGCUAUAGAAAGAGCCGCUACCAUCAGCAAGUGGAUCAAAGUGGCAAUUGACACGAAAACCGCACUCGGCAAUCUCUAUGGCUUUUGUGGCGUAAUGCUCGGUUUGUGCUUACCGCAAAUUCAACGAUUGGCCAAUACAUGGCACCUGUUACGACAAAAGCACACGGACGAAGCUUUCAGUUUUGAAGCGAAACUGAGGCCUACUCUACGGGCUAUGAAUGAGUGUACAAAUCCGCAGGCGCCUAAUACGACAUUACCACAUUUGCUACCGAUCGCGUUACUCGGAGAACGCGGUCCCGAAGAUGUUUUAGGCACUGUGGCACCUUUCGGACUCGCGGCAGCGAUACUUUCACCAUGGGAAAACUCGGCAUCCGAUUGCGGUCUGUCGAUCGUCUGGUCGCAUCUCGAGGCGGCUCGCAAAUUAGCCGAUAGUCUGCCGCUUUUUCGCAGAAACGCAGAAAUCGCUUUAGAGGGUUGCAGGAGCGAUGAAUUGUUGUCGGACGCCUUCCGCACCGAAUUCCACAUCAAAUUUCUAUGGGGUAGCCGUGGUUCCACUGUCGCUCCGGAAGAACGUCACCUGAAGUUCAUUCAAGUCUUGGAUGCAAUGUACGACAAGUGUGCGGCCAGCGAAGUGGCCGCAUAAAAGACGAUCGAAGAAUCUCAAAGAUCUGGAUGGGAAGAAUCCAAAAGAAGAAGAGCUCUCCUUUCUGUGAGAGUUCUUCCUCCUUCUCCAAGCACUCGAUAAACAUCAUGGUGGAUUUUUUUUUUAGAUUUUUAUAAUUGCAGAUACGUCAGCUAACACGAUACCACGAGAAAUUAAAACGUCCUCUGCGUUAACAAAGUGGCAUCACUUUAUUGCUGCUGUAAUCCCGAGCGUAAUCGUAGAGCGUAUUCCCAAAAUAUCGAAUGUUCUUCCACCUAAACCCAAUGCUUGUUCCGAAUUUUGUAACCAACAGCGAGAGCACCCAAAGAAUUGAUCAAGAGGCUUCAUUGGAGCCUACCUAUAGCGUCACUUGUACUUAACUUUAAUUGACAAUGUAAUUCGAUAAUGUUAUGUUAUAAGUGUUGUUCAUAUUUGUUCAUACUUAAUAUACAGAUUAAAAAAGUA